CUUCCCCCCUUACCCCCAUUUCCCCCAACCAUUUCCCCCCAUCCUAUGCCCUCUUCUCCUCCUUUCCUCAUUGAACUUCCCUCCUGGCGGUCCUCACCCCUCGGAAAACAUAGAGACCACCCCUUCCCUCCUUCUCCGACGCCCUGCAGGAAAGGAUUCAGCCCCUUCCUCACCCUCCAGCUGCCUCUGGCGCCCAGAAAAGGUUACAGCGACCAUACUGCCGGCCUUUCCCCAAACGCAGGCAAAAGAUUCCUACAUACCUGCCCCUGGAAGUCCUCACUGUGCCAUCCGACUGCCCCCUGGGAGUAGUACUGGUUCUCCUUGCUCACGCCAGUCCCAGGCUCCUGAAAAGCCUUGCUUUGAGUCCCUUUUGUCCUGGGAGGCUGGUGGGAACUCUUACUUCUUCCUAACUCCAGGCUCCACAAUUUCUUGCCCCCCCUGUCCCCAGGAACCAUCUAUUCCCCACUGUCCUUAUUCUGCCCUCUCCUUCCCUUCAACCCUGGGCAACCUGUUUAUAUCUUUACCCCAGUCACCCUCUCUGCCCACCCCAGUUUGCCCCCAAGUGAAGUCCCCUAAAUCUUCGGAGUUAAGAGAGUCAUGUACUCCCCACAAGGGUCACUCCCUAAUUAAUACUCCCCACCACACCUUUCCUUGCCAGCCCAAGCCCUGUAAGGCCAGCCCCUCUUCUCCACCUCCCUCCUGCCCCCCUGGCCUUUCUGGUCCUUCUUGUAUGGAGCCAUCCAUUACAACUCCUUCAAAUUCCUGCCCCAAAGAACUUCCUCCAGGGCCUCCCUUACCCACUGUGGUCCCUAGAAUCCUCAAAACCAUUCUUCCCACUUCCCUUCCCCUCCGCCUUCCUUGUGAUCCUGUCUUUCCAAGUAGUUAUGCUCAGAGCGGCCCCCGUGGGCCCCUCAUAAGAUUCCCUUGCAGUACCCAUGUAUAUUCUGUGCUUCCCUCCACCCCCCAUCACUGCCCAGUCUCUGAUUCCCUCAAUCACUCCACAGGCCCUGCUCAGUGUCAUAACCAUCCCAUAGUACCCCCCUGUGGCAUCUGCAGCACUCCCAGGGGCCCACCCCAAUCUCAUUGCCAGCCUGUGGUGCCUCCUUGUUCUACCCACAUCUAUUCUUUUAUACCUUUGAGAACACCCUUUGACCCCCAGUGUUUACCCAUUGGCCCCCGAGCCCGUACCUGCCCUGAUACUGUCCCCUGUGGUUUCCAUACCUACUCUGUGGUCUGUCAAGAUCCUUGCAAAGGGUCCCUCCAGAUUCCCUACAGCUGCCCUUUGCCUUCAUGCAAGGAUUCCGGAUGUAGUCCUGAUCCCAGCUGUAGUUCGACUAUUGUUCGUGAAUGCCAUAGUGGUGAAAGCCACACCAAGCUUACCCAUCAAAGCCAGAGUAGUCAUCUGAGCAGAAGUCAGAGCCAGAGCAGUAGUGUUCACCAAGACACAAAUCAGGGUGAGAUUCUCCAACUUGGCAGAAGUCGGGGCAAGAGCAAGAGUCCCCAUCAUGGCAGAAGUCGCAAACGGAGCAAGAGUCCCCAAAGUGGCAGAGGACAAGGCCAGAACAAGAGUCCCCAUUAUAGCAGGAGCCGGAGUAAGAGUCCCCCGAGUCCCCGCCAUGGCAGAAGUCGUCGGAGCAAGAGUCCUCACCAUAACAAGAAAUGAGGGCCAGAGCAAAAGU